CAAUUGCACUUUAAAAUCUGCAGUAUGCGCUAAUUCUACUAAUAGGAUCCAGCAUUGUGUUUGCUCCAACAACAACAACAUGUGGACGAUCCCGAAGCCCAAAUACAGGAGGUGCGAGGAUGAGCCUGAGAUCACUGUGAACAUCGGCGGGGUCCGAGUGGUGCUUUUUGGGGAUGUUCUCAAUCGUUACCCGGAGAGCAGACUGGCCGAGUUGGUGAACUGCUCCUCGGCGCACAACGACGAACUUAUUUCCUCUCUUUGUGACGACUUUGACCCCAGCAGGAAGGAGUUUUACUUCGACCGAGAUCCAGAUGCCUUCAAGUGCAUCAUGGAUGUUUACUACCUGGAUGAAAUCCACAUCAAACGCGGCAUUUGCCCCAUUUGUUUCAUCAAGGAGAUGGAAUUCUGGAAAAUCGACCAGAGUGUUUUGGACGACUGCUGUAAAAGUUACCUGAGCGAGAAGGAGGGCGAGCUGAAGGACAUCGCCGGCAAGGUGAAGGUGAUUUUGGAGGAUCUGGAGGAGGACCAGAACGCUUCUGGCACCCAGCAGUGUCAGAGGGUCCUCUGGAGGCUCAUGGAGAAGCCUGGUUCCUCCUUCCCGGCGCGCGUAAUUGCUAUCGCGUCCUUCCUCUCCGUCCUGGUGUCGGCGGUGGUGAUGUGCGUGGGAACCAUCCCGGAGUUGCAGGUGUCGGACGCCGAGGGGAAGCUGGUGGAACACCCGACUUUGGAGGCGAUAGAGACCGCCUGCAUGAUGUGGUUCACGGCAGAGUACCUGCUGCGCCUCGCCUCCUCACCCAAUAAGUUGCACUUUGCGCUCUCUUUCAUGAACAUCGUCGACUUCAUGGCCAUCAUGCCUUUCUACGUGGUGCUCAGUCUGACGUACCUCGGCACCUUCUCCAUGAUGGAGCUGGCCAACGUUCAGCAGGCGGUGCAGGCGCUGCGCAUCAUGCGCAUAGCGCGCAUCUUCAAGUUGGCGCGCCACUCGUCAGGACUCCAGACACUCACCUACGCCCUCAAGAGGAGCCUCAAGGAGCUGGGGCUGCUCCUCAUGUACAUGGGCGUGGGGAUUUUUGUCUUCGCCGCUCUGGGCUACACUAUGGAGCAAAGUCACCCCAAGACUCUCUUCAGGAGCAUUCCACAAUCCUUCUGGUGGGCCAUCAUCACCAUGACCACGGUGGGAUACGGAGACAUCUACCCCAAAACCACUCUGGGCAAGUGUAACGCAGCCCUGAGUUUCCUGUGUGGAGUCAUAGCCAUCGCCUUACCUAUACACCCCAUCAUUAACAACUUUGUGGUGUUUUACAACAAGCAGAAGGUGCUGGAGACUGCAGCAAAGCAUGAAGUGGAGCUGAUGGAGCUUAAGUCUGGUGGGGACAUCCAGCGCAGAAAAGACAGCGAUAACGACGAUACAUAGAAGGCACAAAGUGUGUGUUUAAACAAUUCAGAGUGUCUAUAAUGUAUGCAUAUCAUGGUAAAAAAAAAAAAGGGGACUCAUUCAUGCAUGUAGACAAAUACAAUGCAUCCCACCCGACAUCCUCAUUUGUUCAUAUGGCAUGGCUGGUGCAACAUUUUGAACAGAAUUUAAUCUGAAUUAAUAUUGCAACAGAAAGUACAAUUGCAAUUAAAAUGAAAGAAAGUAGAAUUGAAAUGAUGUGAAAUUCCAAUUAAAAAUGUUGGUUUCAUAGAAAUAUUAUUACUAUGAACUGCGUGUAUAGGGUGUCCCAAUCUGAUAUUGCUAUCAGAUAUCGUUCGGAUAUCAGCAAAAAAAACAAGUAUCGGCUUGCAUGUAAAAUCGCUACAAUAAGUUCCUAUACAAGCAGUUACUUGUGCAAAGCAAUUAACAUCUAAAUGUCCUCCAAUAAGCACUCAAGGUUGGUCCUUUCUUGGAUUUUAGUGAAGUCAUUAACAAAAGGCAAACAUGGUAGGCUGUAGGCUACAAGGAGCUAACAGCUACACAACAGCUAAGCACACAAGUUAGACAUACAUUAUAAGGGUCCUUAAUGGAACAAUAUUGCAGUCCAAUACAAACAAGUAUCAAAUAAGUAUAGUUGUAUAUUACUUACACAUACAGUAUCCAGUAACAAAUGUGUCUGCGUCAUUCAAUUUACUGCAUCGUGAGCUUAACUUACUGAAUUAACGUGUCCACCAUGUGUCGCCAAAAACAUGUUACCACUCUCCUUGAAUUCAAAACAGUCAUAGGGUUAGUGUUUUUAAUACCCACUGUUGUUCUCUGAGUAAUUUCACUUGAUCAAACAUUUUCUAAAUAUUUCACACCAGUAUGUACAAUGAUAUGUGCUGGUAUUGAUCGGAUCAAUAUCGGUAUCGGUAACUACUUAAGGCUCCAAUAAUGUAUCGAAAGUGAAAAAGUUAUAUCGGGACACCCUUAAUCUAUUGUGGACUUUAUAUGUUCAGUUUCUUACAUUCAGACAAAUUUUAGGUACAAUAUGCUGUAAUAGAUUGAGAUUUUGUUAACCUUAUACAGCAAAGGUUUUUCAGUAAACAAUUAAGAAUUUCUAUAAAACAGAUCGUUUAGUCUGAUGUAUUAUAAAUAGUGCUAAUAAUUUUUUCAAUCAGAUUAAUUUUUUGUUUUUGAAUUUUGAUAAAUCGUGACGAUUACAGUAAAUUACUUGCUUGCAAAAAAACCAACAUAUUUUGACACAAAUGUAAUUUUAUUGUCAGAAUGUCAUAUGUGAUUUUUUUUCCAUUGAAUGCAUGUAAUUUAUUUGCUCAAAACCUGGUAACAGUAUUAUUUUCAGUCGGGAUGUAUUUUGAAGCAAAAUUUGCCAGCGAGCACACCAGUCGGAGCACUAGCGUACGCAUUGACAUAAUCACUGACCGUAUAACAUCCCACACCGCCUUUCUGGUGACCAUCCGUGGUUAAGUAAAGGAGCGCGUGCGGUCAAAACACAUUUUGUGAUUAAUCUGCAUUUAUACUGUACAUGAAUAAUUCAAUCAUUUUUUUGUGAUUAAUCACAUGCAUUAAAGCGUUAAAUUCACCAUCCUUACUUAGGACUUCCCAAAUUGUGGAAGAGUACUUCCAUUUCCUAGAACUCUUUACUAUAUCCAAGUAUUAAACAUUGAUAGAAUUUGGAAAUCAAGACAAAAAUGUGAAACACAUGAUAAGUAAUUAUACUGUACAUGAUUAAAUUAUUACUUGGAUGCAAGAAAUUUCUUUGAAUUGCAACAAACUUGAGUUAAUUCCCAUUCCUGUAAUUCCAUCUCAGCAUUAUGUGGGUUGGAAGAAAAUUCAAUUUCCAGUUCUUCAAAUGAAUUGCAGGUUGGCAUCCAAAAACAAGGAAACAUAUUUAAACACCUGGCGAUAUCUGGGAUGCAGUGGAGGCCUAAACACAAUAUCCCAAUGCUCACCUGAGUGGACAGAGAAGCCAAAGAUGGGUGACAGUUUGUUUCCACAUGCCACAUCGUUUCUUCUGUGAACACCGGUUAAAAAAACAAAACUGAAACGCAUGCCUUCUCCACCUCGCCGCCAUGGGAACGGAGGCAGAUAUGGCGCCUGUAGCGAUACAUCAAGAUAAUAAAAACACUGUAAUGAUCAUUGGCACUUAGUGUGACGCUGAAUAUAAUUGAUAUUUACCCAAAUAAUGUGCAUAGAGUAUGACCCCCAUAUUUGUUGUACACAAAGUAAAAAGGAAAAUAGAGAUUUUUUUUUGUAUUUUUGCGUUAUUUUUUGUGAGUAUAUUGAUCAGGCUGGCUCCUGUGUGUUUGGUCAUAUGUUUGUAUUUUCCUGUGUUUGGAUCCAGUCUUGCACGCUUAUUUUUCAGUUCUACUUCCGGUUAUCUUUGUCUUGCAGCGCCUUUACUUUGCCAGUGCACCUGUUCUCGUUUGUCUAAUCAGGUCUAUUUAGUUUCAGCUGUUGCAGCUUGCUGGCUCAUUACUUUGUAGUCUGUUAAGUGUGCUUGUAGCUUUCUCUUUGCUCCCGGCGCACUUCCCAGCUGCACAAUAGCUGUUGCUUUGUAUAUUAAAUACAAUUCAACCUGCACAUCGUUUGCUGUUCUCUGCAUCUUGGGAUCAUGUCGCAUGCAACACUUAAAUAUUAGUUGAACAGAAUAAAUGUUAAUAAAGGUUGCUAGUAAAGGUAAAUGAGCACAAGGGAUAUAGAAAACAGAUGUAUGAAUACCUGUAUGAAUUACAGUGAUACACAGGGGUAUCCAAAGUGAGGCCCGAGGGGCAUUUGCAAAUUGUUUUUUAUUGGCCUGCAGCACACUGGAGAAAGUAAAUUAAAUGGGUAAAAACCCCAGCGAAAAUGGGGAAAAACAGAGCAAAAAGGCACAAUGAGAAAAAGCUGAAAUGUUGAUGGCAAUAACUAAUUAAAACACAAUGCUUUGUCGUUAUCCAUCCAUCCAUUUCCUACCGCUUAUUCCCUUCGGGGUCGCGGGGGGCGCUGGAGCCCAUCCCAGCUACAAUUGGGCGGAAGGCAGGGUACACCCUGGACAAGUCGCCACCUCAUCGCAGGGCCAACAUAGAUAGACAGACAACAUUCACACUCACAUUCACACACUAGGGCCAAUUUAGUGUUGCCAAUCAACCUAUCCCCAGGUGCAUGUCUUUGGAGGUGGGAGGAAGCCGGAGUACCCGGAGGGAACCCACGCAGUCACGGGGAGGACAUGCAAACUCCACACAGAAAGAUCCCGAGGCCGGGAUUGAACUCACGACUACUCAGGACCUUCGUAUUGUGAGGCAGACGCACUAACCCCUCUGCCACCGUGCUGCUUUGUCGUUAAAUAUUUGUAAUUUAACGAAACAAAAGAAACUAUGGUCACACUUUAGUAUGGGGAACAUAUAUGUUAAUAAGCAACUAAUUAAUGGUGAAUAUGUUCCCCAUACUAAAGUGUUACCAACAUUUGUAGUUUUGUGUUUUGUUAGUUAGGGUUAGCGUUGGGGUUAGGGUUAGACCCUAACCCCAAUGCUAACACUAACACUAACCCCUAACCCUUAAUAAGUACUUAAUAAUGACUAAUUAAGAGCCAAUAUGUUACUAAUUUGCAUGUUAAUAAGCAACUAAUUAAUGGUGAAUAUGUUCCCCAUAGUAUGUAUAUAUAUAUAU